AUGGACUCUCUACCCCAGGCCGCUUCAAACAGUGUCACCGUUGAGUAUACUGAUCCAUCGGGUCUCUUUUCCUCCGUCCAGCCGAUCAUCGCCCACAAGCUACCUCUGCGAAACCUACACUGGAAGUCUCCCACUCGCCCCGUCCGAUCAAUCGAGUCCCUCCGUAUCGGGUUCACACCAGCCAAAACCGAGACCGAUGAGCGUAAGCCAUCUAGCGACGCGCCGGGAGGCACGGUUACCCACCGGCGUCAUCAGAUUCCUGGACUGCGGCAGACGCCUUACUUGAAGAUCUACAUCCUCCGGUGCGACGAUAACGACACGUAUAAGAACUCAGCUAGGAAAGCGUUGCGAGAGUGGAUUAAGAGCCAUGGCUCAUCUUCGACGUCUAGUACCGCUGCCACCAGCCAGGAGAAACACGACGCAUUCGAGUGGCUUAUCUUACAUGUUGUCCAGGAUGGUGAUGGGACUGAGAAGGUAGCGACGUCGAAAUGGGGUCGCACGACCACGACCGUCCUGGAAAAGGUGAAGGCCGAUUUCAACGGGACUUCGAAAACAGCGAUCGAUCGUGUGGCGCAGUUACGCCUUCCGAAGCCGGGUAAUACACAGAAGUCUCCGGAGUUGGCUGAUCAGAUUGAAGACUUCGUUGAGAAGGUGAAGAAUGGGAUUCUGGCGUCAUUUGAUCUUCGAGUUGCCCAGUACGAGGAAGAUAUUAAGGAGAAGGACUCUCAGCGCAGCUUGCCGGGCUGGAAUUUCUGCACCUUUUUUAUACUGAAGGAGGGUCUUGCUAGGGGCUUUGAGAAUGUCGGACUGUUUGAGGAUGCACUGGUUGGGUAUGAUGAGCUGGCUGUUGGACUCGAUGCUGCAAUCCAAGAACAGCUCGCCGGCUCCAGUGAGCAGCAUGGCAGUGCCUUUCUAACAUACAGCAAGGACUGGCGGGAACGGGCGAAGGCUGCCUUGGAUGCCCAAGCGAAUGUGCAAAGCCCUGACGACGGUGAUGAGGUGGCUCCGAUUUCCGACAUUGACCCGGCGGACUUCCCACUUGAUCCCAAUAGGAAGCCAUAUAGAGAGGAGAUUCUUUCCAGCAAUAUCUCGAUCUUCGAUUUCCGCACCUACGUUUUCUCUCGACAAUUGACCCUCCUUCUCAGGGCGUCAAGAGCGCCAUCAAUCGUCAGUGACGAUGCGGAUACCAAUCAGAAAUCAGGAACAGGAAAAAAGAAACCCGAAGACCUGAUGCUUCUGGCUGAAGUCUGCGAGCGAGCGACCGAAUUUAUCAGCCUUGCUGCACGGACACUCCGAUCUGAUCUAGAAGGUGGCCUUGCGGAGGUGGAGCACGCCGCAAAGUCGGAGGUCAUAAACAAUUUGGUUUCGUCAUGGGCCUAUGCUGCUGCGUCGCAGAUUCUAGUACAGACAUUUACCCCGGCAUUGACAUUGCCAGAGUCAGCUUUACACGCUGUGGAUGGUCCUGAACAAAAGCAGGGUGUUCCCAAGCGUACGAGCUCCCUUGUCAUGCCUAAUAAUCGCCAGUCCCGUCCCGUGAAAUCUGAAAUGCUACCCUCCAAUGCCCUUUCUUCAGUUCAUGAGCAAGUGGGAUAUGAAGGGCCGAAGCUCACUCCUAAGACGGGCUCGGAGCAGCUAGCUUCUGGAAGGGGUGAACUGUUUUUGUUGGCCCGAAGAUUUCUUGAAGAAAUCGCCGGCCGAUGCGGGUGGAAGGAAACCUGGACUGAUCUCGGCCUUCUUUUUGACGAGAGCUCUGAAUCUGGGAAUAUGGCCGAAAUUGCUCUGGACGACGAAGACUCAAAGCCAACGAAAGAGCUCCAGCCCGUCAACACUUUAAAAGGGAUCGACUUGUCGCAAUUGAAGGAGGCACUGAAGUCUCGAAAGGCAUUCCGUGCCUACUAUGAAGAGCUUACUGAUCAAAUGUAUCGUCACCAUAUCGCGGCAAACCGCAUAAACUCAACGCAUACAGCGUUGGCUGAUAUGGCCGUUCUGCGCUUCCGGCAGAGCGACUACGGUGCGGCUGCUUCGUAUUGCCAUCAGGUUGCUCCGUUUUACGGCAAUAAGUCUUGGACUAUUCUAGAGGGAGUUAUGUUGGAGGUGUACGCGCGGUGUCUUAAGGAGCUAGGUCGAAAUGACGAGUACGUUCGAAUGAUGGCGCGGCUUCUGGCAAAAUAUGCUGCGCAUACCCAAUCCAGAUUAUCGACUCGGCAGAAGACGCUAGAUGCUUCUUCAAUCUUUUCAGAGCAGGAGCUGCUCUCUGAGUAUGUGGAGGAGCUGUUCCGGGCGGCCGGUGAGCUGCAAAAGGAGGUCUCCGCUCCUUUGACGGAUUUUUUUGGAGAGCUAGAUGUCAAGCCUGGUAUCCUUCAUUACAAAGAUCGGGACGGCUUCCAGCUACAACUACAUCUACGGUUCCUUCUAGGAAAACGUAUCGAUGUUGACUCGAUCAAAAUCCGACUUGUUAGCGCUAAUGCCAGCGCCCAAAGCAGUGAAUGUUGGAUAGAGACGUCAACCAAGACGACCAUCAAAUCGUCGCCAACUAAAAUCUUGGUUGAUUCAUCGACAACUCUGCAAGGUAAAUAUUAUGUGGACCGCGUCGAGACGCGGACAGGGAACCUGCUAUUCUCCAUGAGUGGCGGAGCAAAUGCCAACCUGCCAUUGGGAUUUAGGGAAGAUGUUGAUGAGGACGAAGACACUCGGUCAUAUAUUCUGUGUUACCCACCUCCAGAAGGCUUGCAAGCAAGGAUCGAGGCGCCUCAUCUGGUGAACUUGGAAGCCAUGCGUACGCUUGAACUGGAGCUUAACAGCGGAUGGAAUGACAUCAAGACAGGAGUUCUCCGAGUACGGCCCGCAACGGCAGGACUUCGACUCAGAGUUACGGAGGCAGAGGUAGUAGAAGGCGACAUUGAUAUAAACGCCAACAACGAGUCGGGGAAUAUCGAAUUCAGCCAUUUAAGGCCGCACUCGGUCGUACGUUGCCGCAUUCCAUAUACAGUGGAGGAGCACCCCGCGACGCUCUCUGCAAGGGCCGAGGUCACAUACCAGACAGAACAAGGACGGUUCUCCUACUCGUCUGCGCAUAACGUUGUCUCUGCUCUGCCGAUCAGUGUCAAUGUGCAGGAUGUCUUCAAACAGGAUGUGCUGUUCUCGCGGUUCACCGUCAGCCCAGCCACGAUGAUCCCGCUUUGGCUAUCCAAAUGUAGCAUUCCUAGUUCGGAUGUCUAUGAAGUGCAGUCGAACGUCGGCGACAAUGUUGCCAUGAGGGUAUUCCCCAAGCAACCGGCCUCGCUGCUCUACAAGAUCCAGCCGCGAAAAGACAUCGUUGCCUCUCCUGGGUCGAGGAGAGCCCUGCGGCUCACUGUCGACUUUACCUGUGUGGAUGACGAGUGCUUCGACACGGUGGAGAAGACAUUCAAAGAAAGCAUUUCCAAGAGUGAAUUCGCACAGUACACGAGCCUCCUCACGCCACAUCUCGUCGAAGCCUUCCGAAGCCAGCUCUCACCCCCUGAAAUGGAGGUCAUCGGGCUUGUGCGGGAGAUCGAAACGCUGCCGUACGCGGCAGUCCGCUGGGAAGGAUUGUUGAGCGCGCUGAAGGAGCCACUGGACGGCCUACGGGCUUGGCUGAAGCAGUGGCAUGAUAAUCAUCUGAUCCUCUCUCUCCCACCGCAACCGUCCAUCCGACGGCGCCACAUCAUCAUCCCCGUCGACAUUCCCGAAAUCCAAGUCGUCCUCACGGCAGAGCUCCGACUGACAAAUCUCCCCUCGCAAGCACCCUAUGCCGCCGUAGGUCAAACCAUCACGGCCGAGUUGCGACUCUCACAUACCCGCCGCUGGUGCUCGCCCGACCAGCGCGAGAACGGAGACGGCCCACUGGAAUUCUCGUACGAACUGCAUGCCAACCCAGACCUGUGGAUGGUGGGUGGACGACGGAGGGGAAACUUUACUGCGAGCGAGGGCGAAACAAGGACGUUCGCUAUUAUGCUGCUGCCGCAGAAGGCGGGACACCUGCUGCUCCCGGGACUGGAGAUUAGGAGCUUUGUGCCGUCACCGCUGCAGUCGCCGUCGACCAGCGCAGCCACGGUGGCGGGAACGGGUGCGGUAGCGGGGCCGGGAACGCCAGGACCAGGCCACGGGCAAAACGUGCAGGUGCAGCGAAGGCCGAUCGGAAGCGAGGUCAACUACCGCAACCACGGCGAGACGGUGCUCGUAUUACCAGAUCUGCGGGGCACGACAGUGAGCCUGUCUGGAGGAGGGCAAGGGUCGUGGUUGAUCGACUCGGAGAGAAGGGUUCACCAGCCAACAGCAUAGUGUACAGUCAACUAUCUUCACAUAGUCCACCUACUAUAGAUUCCAUUUACGA